AGUAAACUGUAAACAAUUUUUAACUUGCCAUUUUCAGUUUAUAAACAAUUACAUGAACGAUAGCAGUAAAUAUUAAAGCUCAAGAAAAAAUAGCAAAUUCAGGACAGUGAAAAGGACAGUUGAUCCUUUCCUUUUGCACAUAGGAAGACUUGAUAUCAUAACUAAUAAGUAAAAAGAAGAUUAGAGAAGGUAGGAAGAGGUCUAAUAUUCAAUGUGAAGGUCCCCUACCUACAUGACAAGGCAGGCAGGCAGCACAUGGUUCAGCAAACUUAAUCUACAACAACUACGCCUCAGUUUCAAACAAGUUGGGGUCGGCAAUAUGAAACCCCAUUCUUUUCAUUAAGCUGAAUUCAUAUCAUUAUCAUUACCAAAAAAAUAAAAAUGCAAGUAAAUUAUGAGGAUUCAUCAUGAAUUGGCAAGUAUUAUGCUGGCUGCUAACCUAAUGCAACCUUCCUCCUUUAUUCGGGCUUGGGACUGGCAAUGUAAGCGAGCUCACACUGGCAGGGUUGUUAAGCGAACUUAAUCUAUCACCGAGAGAACUAGUAUUUAUUCAAAAGCCACUAGCUCAUGACAUAAUUCUGGACCACUUAGCUUAAAGAUAUGGUGACACAUACUCAUCAAAGAAGGAUAACCAGAUAGGCAUAUCAACACAAAUACCACAAUUCUUAGGUCCCUUUCGUGGUGUCUGCUACAUUUUAUUAGUCCUACUCAAGCUUGGCUGUGUUAGUUCUUAUACUACAAAGCAAAGUGGUAGAACUGAAAAAUUAGACAACAUGCGAUAUCCACAUUGCAGUAGGUCCCAUAUUUGUGGAAUAACAGCAGCCAGCAGGUUUCUCAUACUCCAAUUAACCUAAACUAUUACUACAGUGUCCUUCCUCUAAACUCAGCUUUAAUGCAUUUGUUCUUUUCUAGAAAAACUAGUCAAGAUGACAAUUCAAAGGUCCCCUAUCUACAUGACCAAGAAGGUAGAAGCACAUGGUUUUGCUUCUGACCUGCAAUUGCUCAUCUAAUGGUUUCAAACUAUUGGCAUUGGUGAGAAGUAACCAAGUAUGAGCUGAUACAAUUACUAAUAGGUCCCUGUUGUCAAAGUAAAGAAAGAAGAAACUUAGCUUCAUUCACAAAUUUAAGGCCCCAUAGCAACAUAGCCAACAGGCAUCAGUACAUGGCUUUGCCUUUGGUUGUUAAUAACAAAACUUCAUCUCAACCUCAAAGCCUGUCUACAACCUCUUGUAUAAAUAUAACCCCCUUUUCUACGGACAUUUUUCAUUAUCAAGUAAAAGAAUUAUCUAUUCAGCCAUCAAUUUCUAAAUUUCUAGUUAACUUUCUUGCUUCCAAACUUUCAAGAAAAAGAAAAAUGGAAAGAAAGACAAUGUUCAGUACUAAGAAGCUCAUCAAAAUGGCAAGGAGAUGGCAAAAGUUCGCGGUCAAGCAGAGAAAGCAGAUUUCACUUCCAAGAAAUGGAGGUGAUAAAUACAGCUGCAGUACAUCCUCAUCCUCUAUUGUUGAAAAGGGUCAUUUCGUAGUAUAUACAGCUGAUCAAGCACGGUUUGUCAUUCCCUUGGUUUACCUUGAAAAUGAGGUCAUUAGGCAACUUUUAAGCAUGUCCGAAGAAGAGUUUGGACUACCAAGUGGUGGUCCUAUUACAUUACACUGUGAUUCGGCGUUCAUGGACUACAUCAUGUCACUGAUCAAGAAAGGUGUAACUGCUGGAGAUCUUCACAAAGCAUUGCUCCUCUCAAUUCCUUCAUGUUGCUGUUCAACUUCUUCCUUUCACCAAGAAAGUGGAAAUCAACAGGUUCUUGCUUAUUGAGACAUGAAACGGUCAUAUUUUGUAAAUGAUAGCUCAAAAACAGAGUGUAUAGCAGAAGAAAAAUAGGCAACAGAAAUUUGUUUCAUUAGAGAUGGAAUAGAGCUUUAACAUUCUCAUCUUGGAGUAGCACUAUUAUUUCAUUGCAGGCAAUUGACUUUGUCUAUCGAAAACUUAGAGACGUAUGAAUCAAGACAACACAAGUCUAAAUGACAUGAAAAAUUAAUUGUAAAGAGUUUAAAUGAAGUGAAAUCAUUAACUGUUCCUUUUCCAGACUUCCUUUGCAGCUAAUGUUCAUACUUGAUCAGUAUAGAUUGAAAG